GCAGGUCAAUUUUGCCAAUUCCAAGAUGUCAGACGGUAAUUUUGAACAAAUUCAUAUAUAUUUAAAUAUCAUAUAUGUAUGUGCAUAUACAUAUAUUGUAUACGGUGCAGAAAGCGAUUCAGAAGAGCAUUUUCAUGAUUCGGGGUCUGAGGAGGAGGAUAGCGACAGUGCAACAGAAAGCGAUUCCGAGGACGAUUCAGAUUCGUUGGAUGGCACUGCGAAUCGCGACCCCACCUUCAGGGAAAAUGAGCUGUUCGCCCCUGUCGUUGAAGAUUUUGACGAGUCCGAAGACAAAAUCCGCCCGGAAUUUGGCGUUUCAAGAAGGACGUCCCCUCUACAAAUGCUGCAGAAAUUUCUCACUGACGGAAUCAUUGGGGAUGUGGUGCGAGAGACGAACCGGUAUGCAGAACAGGAUUGGACAAGGCACCCUGCUUCAUACACGGAUUGGAAACCGGUCGAUUUGGCGCAGAUUUGGCAAUUCUUAGCGAUUACUUUCAUGAUGGGGCUGGUGAAGAAGCCGUCCAUUCGAGAAUAUUGGAGUACCGAUGAGUUGAUUCAAACUCCGUUCUUUGCAACCGUUAUGUCUCGAAAUCGAUUUCAAGGCAUCCUGAGAGCUUUACAUUUUUCAAACAAUGAGAAUUACACAGGAAGAGAUCGUUUUUGCAAAUUGGGCAGCUUCAUGCACGAUAUUUUGGGCAAUUUCUCCAGUGCAAUAUUACCAGGCAAAAAUAUUUGCAUUGAUGAGACUCUUCUUGCCUACAAAGGACGAUUGUCAUUCCGCCAGUAUAAUCCUAAGAAGCGAGGUCGGUUCGGGAUCAAAAUGUUCGUCUUGUGCGAUUGUGCCUUCAAGUUCGUCCUGAAUAUCUUGCCAUACCAAGGGAAAUCUACUCCUCUAGCUGAUCGGACCUGGGUGAAGGAUCUCGGAUUUGGUGGCGCAACAGUACUCACUCUACUGCAAGGUUAUCUAAACAAGGCUCAUCGUGUCGUUUUGGACAAUUGGUUUCUGGGACCGAAAUUAGCCAAAAUAAUGCUCGCCGAAAAGACUUAUGUGCUGGGCACAGUACAGCGACGUCGGAAAGGGAUGCCGAAGAUGAGGGGGAAACUGGCCAAAGGACGUGUUGAAACCUAUUGUGAUGAUGAAAUUUUGAUUGAACGCUGGAGUGACAGGAGGGAGGUAUGCAUGUUGAACACUUUUGUCCCCCAUUCCAUGCGCAUUGCAGAGUCGUCCAAUCCGAGGAACACCAGGGAGAAACCAGCAACGGUGCUACUUUACAACUCAAUCAUGGGAGCUGUCGACAAUGUUGACAAGAGUAUCAAGCCCUAUCAGUCCGUUCGGAAAUCGUACAAAUGGUAUAAGAAAGUGGUGUUUAAUAUGAUCGAUGUAGCUACCUACAACAGUAUGAUACUGUACAACCACUUGCAUGCUGACCAGAGAGCUGUACCCUACAAAGAUUUUGUCAUGAAGAUAGUCAGAGAAAUUCAAGAAAAAUAUCCAACCCUCAAGAAACCAAUUGGAAGACCUCCAACAGUACCACGAACUGAAAAUCCAGCCUUUCCAGUUCGAUUGAAACCUUGUCACCAUAUUGCUGUCAAACACUUAGAUAAAAAUGGAACGCCAUCGUACUCUGACUGCAUUUAUUGCAAGCACCACGCUGAAUACUCUCCGAAACGCAAGACGACCCCUUUCAGCUGUGAGAUUUGCAAGGUUCGGCUUUGUAUUCAAGGAGGUGACUCUUGUUUCAAGCGGUAUCACACUGAUAUAAAGCUGAAGAAAAUCUCAACCACUCCACAAAAUACGCAGAGUCAGCCCCACACUCAAAUAUCGCAACCACGACUUCCCGAAGACAUUGAUACUCUGGGCCCAAAUGCAGUUCAAUUUAUUUUAAGUCCUAAUCAUGAAAUCGUAGUAUUUGAUGAAGAUGGAAAUCCGCUCACUGGUGCUCAAUUUUCGGACGAAUCAUCUUUGCCACCCAUUUAA